GAAGAAGAAGAAGAGGCGCGUCCUCCAGUGCAGCAGGGGGCGCUCCGCAGCAUCAACCACAAACAACUGCGGGAGAGCAAGACUAAUGCUUGAUGAUGGGGACACGCUUGAAGGUGCUGCGGGUCUUCAAAGAUUUGCAUAAGACAAGAAGACAUGUUUUUAAAGAUGAUGACAGAGCUCUGACAGCCGCCAAGUUAAAAAUAAAUGAAGAAUUCAAAAAGAACAAGAAUGAAACAUCAGAGGAAAAUAUUAAAGAGAUGCUGAAAAUGGCCCGAGCGGUUGAGACCAUCCUUCGAGAAAAUGUGAUACAGGGAGAGCAUGUGGAAGAAAAUAAAAUCUUGUUACGUCCCCGCCAGAGUCUCCUGCUGGACAACGUGCCUUACUGUGAUGCACCCAGAAACAAGACCUGACCCCGAUUCGCUGUCACCGAUACGGCUCGUUUUCCCCUGCGGUUCUCAUACGCGGCAAAGACCAAGACACGUCAGCGCAGUCAAGCCAUUUUUCAUUCGCACUGUAAUAUCACACAGCGCCAUAAUGACGUAACUUUAAUACCUUGUACAGUAUAUCGGUUCAGUGCUCGUGUCAUUGUCGUUCGAUUAAAUGCAAUCGGUUGCCACAUUGUAAAUAGCUUUUGUUUGGCUAUGUGUUGAAUAAAUUGUAAAAAUA